AUGUCUAGCCGAGCUCUCCUCAUCCUGCCCUUCGUUCUUUUUUUCUUCCCCUCCACUGUAGCGCGGAACAUCACCAUCGACGACACCGACACGCGCUACUUCACCUGGACCGAGCCCGACGUCUUCCCGCGCCCGCUCCCCGCCUGGGCCGCCGUGAGCCCGUCCUCGCCGUGCAACUACUGCUCCGAGCAGCCCCCGACCGGCGGUGGGGCCGUCUACAACGCGACGUGGCACGACGGGCACAACGGCAGCCAGGGCAGCCUUACGUUCCAGGGCGCGGCGGUGUCCAUCUACGGCAUCGCGGGGUACAACUCGGCCAAUGUCUCGUUCGUGCUCGAUGGCCAGCCGGCGGGGUGGUACGCGCAUCUGAGCCCCGUGGAGUUCACCUUCCACGCGCUGUUCUUCCAUGCCGCGGGGCUCAGCGACAGUGCCAACCACACCGUUGCGUGGGACCUGGCGCUAUCGCGCACGAACGGGACGUCGGCGCUGUUUGACUACGCGGUCGUCGAGGUGCCGGACGGCGCGGGGGUUUCAUCCAGCGCGAGUUCGGGCGCGGCCACACAGACAAGCAGCGCCGACGCCGGACUAUCGCCAUCGAAGCACUCCUCCGCAGGCGCCAUAGCCGGCGGAGUUGUCGGCGGGGUCGCAGCCCUCGCGCUACUGCUGAUCGCGCUUCUCAUGGCCAAACGAAGGAGAGUGAAGGAUGCGGCAGGUGUCGAAAGCCAGGAAUCAGCACUCUCCAUGCGCACAGCCCGUCCGUUCUCGCUCACGCCGCAGGCCCUGAGCUCUACCGCACCUGCAACCGAGCACGCAAACUCUGACGGCACGGGCAAGACGUUGGAUGUCGGCUGGACGCAGCCGACUGCAGCGAGUCUGGCACCCGACUCUGCGCUUGCCGCGCCUGUGCAUCCGUCGACGACCAGUCCCACCGCCGGCAGUGAGGCUGGAAGCAGAGAUCCACAUUCCCACAGCGCUUACCGCGACUCCGAGGCACCACCCCCAUAUUGAGGAUCUGUCCAGUUGUUGUUAUGGAGAGUACAGAGACAUGACAGUAUAGCUACAGAAAACCAGAAUCCGGGCCCACGGCCCAGACCAACAGAUAAUGGACGAGAAAGACGCCGAGCAGCAGCCGCCAAGCGACCCGCACGAAGAGAACCGCCGGCACCAGGAUGAGCGUGAAGUACAGCGCCAGGAGAAUCAGGGCGAUGUGAUACCACCGAGCGGGUGGAAUCGGGGAGGGGGGCACUGACUCGGGAGGAACAGUCACCACUUCGACCCCCGUAGGUUUCACCAGUUCAGGGAACUGCCACCGAAACGACGCAGGAUUCUCCACCGGGACGGGUUUCGGCACAAUCGGGACCGGGGCCGACGACUCCAGGCCAGUCUCAUCUGGCACGCCGCGAUGUCGAUGUGCGAUGGCAGCCACAUCCUCGUCCGUAAUCGCGCCCAGAUGCACCGCCCGUUUGUACGCGGUCGUCAGCAUCGAGUCGCCGGGUUCCGCAGAGCUGAAUGGCAAGCACUCUACGGAUGCGGAUGCGGAUCGGCAUCGCAGCGGCGGUGGGGGAGUGAAGGGGGGCGAAGAGUCGGCGGGCAGCGUUUGAGAUCGUCUGCGCGUCUUGACGGGAGACUUCCUCUGGAAUACGGACAGGACGCGUUUGCGCGGGGAGGCGACUGCUGGCGGCGUCGGCACUGAAGAAGAGGCUGGAGUAGACGACGACGAUGACGCCCUGGAGCGCAGCCAGGGCCGGCGCUUCCUUGUUGGUGUCGAGGGCAGGAUGUCCUGGGGAGAGUAGUCAAUAACAAGCCAGUGUCCAAGCGGAAACGGACACACCGGUUCGCUAUCCGCUAGUUCCGGCUCCCCAAUCUCCUGCACAGGCAAGAGCCCAGACUCCACCAGCCACGCUUCCACAUUCUUCUGCGCGCCAUUGGGACCGCACUCGAGCUACGUAAAACCCAAUCAGCCACGGUGUGCCCGCGAGUACACGGUCCGACGCACCCGCUCAUAGCCCGGCAUACCCUGCCGCGCCUGAUUCGCGUGGUUCUCCGCCCACACGCCGCGGGAUGCAGCGUAUCCAUCCGCGAUCAUCUGGUACAUGAGCGCGAGCGCGGCCGCAUCGAUCAGCCCGUCCUCCGAAUCGGUUACGUGCCGCUGGGGGGUGCCAAAUCGAAUCAGUGGACGUGACGGGGGAGGUCGCGGACAGCUCACCGGUGCGCGGUAUCCAGGGCGCUCGACCAUCAUCUUCAGCUCGUAGUCCCAGGGCAUCGCAAGCUAGGGGAGGCGGCAAAGGACGCGGUCCGGGUUUUCGGAAAAGAAGCGCAGCGACACAGGGGAUGGUGCGCUCGUGGGGGGAGUGCAUGUGCCACCCCUCCCUCCCUCUUAUUAAUACCCACCCACCCAUCGACGCAGCCCCAGAAGCCAUGGCUUUGCGCGCGCAAAACGCAAUCUAAACGACAUAGCAAGGCGCGGAUCUCUUUGUCUCAUUGUGCCUGCUUUAUCCUCGGUCUGAUGCGCUCGGUGCCUCGUGGCCAAGUCUGAGAGACGAGUCACAGCGCGGCACGUGCGAGGGGCCGUCCGCGUGCCCUCGACCGCAGUACUGGGUUGCUGGAGAAGAGUGUGACGCGUCGGUGGGCAGCCGUUCCGACUCGUGCGAGUGUUUGACCUCAAACGAGAUCUUGGACGUGCGUCACGGUAGACAUGCUGUCAAAGCCCUUGCGCGAGUAGACAGAGCCGACAUCGGUCAAGCAGAGAGUAGUAUACUUGGAAUUGACACCCGGCAGAGUGAGACACCGUCUCGACAAGGGAAGCGUGAUGGAUACAGAGUUAUAUUUGCGUACAACAGAACAAGACUCAGUCUUCACCCGGACGUACUGUCCUUCCGCCCAUGGCGCACCGCCGUCCGAUCCACGUAAGGUGGGGGGAGCUCCCGCACGACCUGCCUCGCCGGUCCCAGCUGGAUCCGCUCGGUCGAUCGCACGCGUCGCAUGGGCACCAGAGCCGCGCCCGGAUCGCUGAUUCCAGGGCUCUUCGGCCCGGGGCUGGCGGGCAUCACCACGUCGGACUCCGGGCCACCGCC